AUGAGGAUCCACCAGAGAAGCCAUAUUGUGGACAGACCUCAUCAAUGUGACCAGUGUGAGAAGAGCUUCACUACUCUGGGGUCCCUCCAGUCUCACCUCAGAACCCACUCGGAGGAGAAGCCCUUCCUCUGCGCCCGCUGCGGCAAACGCUUCCGGACCAAAGACGGCAUGGAGGGACACCUCCGGAUCCACACAGGCGAGAAGCCCUUCCACUGCUCCUACUGCGGGAAACGCUUUACGGCGCUCGCCGGGUUGAAUGUGCACGUACGGCGGCACACGGGCGAGAGGCCGUACGUGUGUGAGGUGUGCGGCAAGGCAUGGCCCUCAGGUGGGGACCUGCAGAAACACAUGCGCUGUCACACAGGGGAGAGACCUUACAGCUGUGUUGACUGUGGGAAGACAUUCUCCAUAUCCUGUCACCUGACAGAACACAUGAAGACACACUCAGGUGAGAAGCCGUUCUCUUGUCCAGAGUGUGGGAAGAGCCUGAAGAGGAAGUUUGAUCUGAAGAAGCACCUGUUGACCCACUCUGGGGUGCGUCCAUACCCCUGCCCUCACUGUGACAAGAGCUACACCCGCCGCACACACCUCAACAGGCACCUACAGAAACACUCGGCUGAGCUGUUAACAGCAGCAUUGUAG